UUUGGAUAAUGGAGGUUCAGAUGGCCGGAGGUUUGGCAGCAAAGAGAGGCGGCGGUCUGCCCAAACUGCGAGAACUUCUCCGUAGACAAAGGAGAGAUUCAGAUAGUCAGAAUGAUAGUCCUGAUCUGGACUUUGAGUACAACGAUGCAAACAAAUACACACAAGAAAUAGCAGAAUUGUACAGUUACACGGAAGAAUCAGAGUUUGCGUUGUGUCAGAAAUGUUUUGAAGAGGACUUCCACUCAUACAUAAGCGAGAAGUGGUCACAGCUCAGCCAUGACAGACAGCACAUGCACAUUCUCCGUCUACUGAACAGCAUUGAAAGCGCAAAGCAUGAGCAGAGGAUGAAAAGUGCGAGGGCGCUGUUAUACCUAGCCCAAGGAUGUUUCAGUGAGUGUUCCAGCGAAGAUGAACAAGUGAAACGAGCCAGGGAGAACUGCUUCUUACUCUAUGAAUGCUCCGUCUUCACUACCUUUGUGGAACUCCUUAGCAUGGAGGCAGAGAACUCCGCAGCAGCAUCCACUGCUCUGAGGAAACCAGCUGUGUCUAUUGUAGACAGCACUGAUUUAAGGGUCAUACUCAGUGUGCUGUACAUCAUGGUUGAGACAUUAAGAAUGGACAAUGAGAGGGAUACAGAGCCGGAAAAGAUGCAGCGAGAAAUCUUCAAGGCAGAGUUGGGUCAACCAAUCUGUGGGGAAGAUUCCCUGGCAAUCAUUCUCUUCAAUAUGGCCACAAAGUUCUGCCGAGGCCACGCCCCACACUUUCCGAUCAAGAAGAUUCUCUUGCUCCUCUGGAAAGCCAUGUUGUUCUCCCUCGGCGGUUUGAACGACUACAAGAUGAUGAAGCAAAAGGCCAGAGCAGCUGCAGACCUCGACCCAGUCAAAGAAGACACUAUCCAGGUAACCAAGACGAUGAGAGCAUCCUCCCCUCCCGCCUCUACGGGGGAUGGGCUACAGGAGAGACGCCCAAGAGGUCAGCCACGUAGGGGCCUCGUCAAACAGAACGGUAUUGACGAGCCGAUGCCCGAGGAUCCAGACCGGAAGGAGGAAGAGAACAAGGAGGAACAGCUCAACGGAGGGAGUGAGGAGGAAGAUGAAAACGGCUUGCAGCCACCACCGUCCCCAAGGGAGAACAGACAGUUGCCGUGGACACCAAAAGUUCGGCAAAAGGAUUUGGACAUUUUUUUGGACCACACCAGAAGAAAGUUUGUAGGUUUUCAAGUACCAAGUGAUCGAAGCACCCUUGCAGGCCUUCCUCAGCCCAUUCAUGAAGGAGUUAAUGUCCUCAAGAAGCAUGUGUAUGUGUCGCUGUCGGAGAUACAGAUCAGAAGAGAAGAAGAAAUUAAUAAAAACCCAAUCUCAAAGGGAGAUGAGGACAUCCCACCUUCAGCAGUUGAAGUUCUUUACCAGGCAAUGCUACCUAAUCUACCACAGUACAUGAUCUCUCUUCUGAAGAUCCUGCUUGCAGUAGCUCCAACAUCGAAAGCCAAGACAGACUCAAUCAACAUCUUAGCUGAUGUGCUUCCAGAAGAAAUGCCAAUCACCGUCUUGCAGUCCAUGAAGCUUGGUGUGGAUGUGAACCGUCACAAGGAGAUUAUUGUCAAGGCAAUAUCUGCCCUGCUUCUACUACUUCUCAAACACUUCAAACUGAACCACGUCUACCAGUUUGAGUUUAUGAGUCAGCACCUAGUGUUUGCCAACUGCAUCCCACUGGUUCUCAAAUACUUCAAUCAAAACAUCAUGGCGUACAUCAGUACUAAGAACAGUAUUAAUGUGAUUGAUUUUCCAUCGUGUGUGAUCGGGGAUCAGACAGAACUAACAGCAGACAGUUUGGAAGCUGGUGACACUUCUCCUUACUGUUGGCGGAAUCUCUUCUCUUGCAUCAACCUGCUGAGAAUCCUCAACAAACUAACCAAAUGGAAACACUCCAGAACUAUGAUGCUGGUUGUCUUCAAGUCUGCGCCGAUCUUAAAGAGAGCCUUGAAGGUCAAGCAAGCCAUGAUGCAGGUUUACGUUCUCAAACUCCUUAAGGUGCAAACCAAAUACCUCGGGAGACAAUGGCGCAAGAGCAACAUGAAGACAAUGUCAGCAAUCUAUCAGAAGGUCCGUCAUCGUCUGAACGAUGACUGGGUGUACGGCAACGAUAUGGAUGCGCGGCCGUGGGAUUUCCAAGCGGAGGAGUGUGCCCUGCGUGUUUGCGUCGAUCGUUUCAACACCAGACGCUACGAUCAGGCCAACACGAAAGAUCCGGAGUACAUGCCGGUCGACAACAACCUGCAGAGUGUUCUCAGCCAGAAGAUCGAUCUAUCGGAGGAGUUCCGACACUUCUACGAGGUGUGGCUGGAUCGGGAAGUCUUUACGACGCAGAUCAACUGGGACCUAUUGCUGAAAGACAAAAUCUGCACUUAAAAGUGAUGCUGAAUUCGAGAAGUCUCUAAGACGCAGAUCAACUGCGACCAGGGCCCGAUUUCAAAAAGCCUGUUAAGCAUAACAUUUUGCUAAGCACAUAAAAAUCUUGCUUAACAGAAUUUGAUUACCAGCCCAAAUUCAAUACUCGUAACUCAAGUUUACAUUGUUGCAACUGGUACCCACGCAUUUGUUUGCAAAGCAAAAAUAUUUGCUUUAUGAAAAUGGGCCCUGUUGAAAGGCAAAAAAAGCUGAACCGAGAUGUCUUGACGAUGCGCAUCAAAGACAAAAUCUCCACCCCCUUGGAAGUGGGGCUGGAUCGAGAAGCCUUUACGACGUAGAAAGAAAAUAAAUCUGCACUGAGAAGUGAAACUGAAUUGAGAAAUCUUGACGAUGCAGCUCAAAGUUCGACCUGGAUCGAGAAGUCUUUACGGCACAGGAAAAAAAAAAUCUGCACUGAGAAGUGAAACUGAAUUGAGAAAUCUUGACGAUGCAGCUCUAGUGCGACCUUCUGAAGAAAAACCAUCUGCACUUUGGAAGUGAAACUGGAUUGAGAAGUCUUUAGAAUGAAGAUCUGCUUCCUGCUGAGAACACUUAGAAGUUUCUUCCCUCGCAUUUUACUGAUGCUUAAAGGAACACAUUGCCUUGGAUCGGUCGAGUUGGUCUUUGAAAACAGUUUGGAACCAUUUGAUAG